UCUAACUGUGAUGCAGAUUUUGACUGAACGUAAUAAAUAUAUUUUUGCGUGUAAUGUAAUUGUGCUCGAAAAGUUAUAUGUUGAUAAUUCUGGACCGCUCUUCUAUAGGAAUUACUUCAAGAUUCGAUGAUAAAUUUACGCUUGAAUGCUGUAGCAGAUUGAAAUUGCAAAAUGCCCACUGAAACGACCGAAAACUACUGUGAAGACAUGGUUGUCCAUCAAACUCAAGAAAUUGAACAACAAUUCAUUAAAGGACCUGCGCUGCCUUAUCUUACUAGCCCUUUGUAUGAUAUUCAGCAAACUGGAGAAGUUAUUUUAGGUCCUGGAGCACACAGUGGCACAUUGAUGUCCAUAUUGGGUGGUGCACUUCCAAGAUUAUCUUCUGAUCAACAUGAUGCAGUUGCUAAAGCAAAGAAAUAUGCAAUGGAGCAAAGUAUUAAAAUGGUCCUGAUGAAGCAGACCCUCGCUCAUCAGCAACAGCAAAUGGCAAGUCAAAGGACACAAGUGCAACGGCAACAAGCGUUAGCAUUGAUGUGCAGGGUUUAUGUUGGUAGUAUAAGUUUUGAGUUGAAAGAAGAUACAGUCAGGCAAGCUUUUCUACCAUUUGGCCCAAUAAAAUCAAUAAAUAUGUCUUGGGAUCCUGUAACUCAAAAACAUAAGGGUUUUGCCUUUGUUGAAUAUGAAAUUCCAGAAGGGGCACAGCUGGCUUUGGAACAAAUGAAUGGCGUCAUGAUUGGAGGACGGAAUAUUAAGGUGGUUGGCAGGCCAAGCAAUAUGCCCCAAGCUCAACAAGUCAUUGACGAAAUACAAGAAGAAGCUAAAAAUUACAAUCGGAUAUAUGUUGCAGGCAUUCAUGCAGAUCUUACAGAAAAUGAUAUAAAAAGUGUAUUUGAGGCAUUUGGACCAAUAACUUAUUGCAAAUUAGCUCAAGGCAGUUCAGCCCAUAGACAUAAAGGUUAUGGAUUCAUUGAAUAUGCUACUUUACAAGCUGCUAUUGAAGCAAUCAGUUCAAUGAACAUGUUUGACUUAGGAGGCCAAUUUUUAAGAGUGGGACGUGCUAUAACGCCACCGAACGCUCUCAUGGGACCGACAACUGGAUCUAUGAUGCCGACUGCUGCUGCUGUUGCCGCAGCUGCCGCCACAGCUAAAAUUCAAGCGAUGGAUGCAGUUGCUAGUAAUGCUGUCGCUUUGGGGCUGCCGAGUUUGAGUUCUUCACCUACAAUUCCGUUAUCAGUGCCGACGAUAGCGGUGCCGCCUAUCGCAACGAUAACGCCAUCAGCUCCCGUUGCUAUAUCCGGUGCUGUUAAGUUACCAGGUGUCGUCAUACCGCCGCCAGGUGUCGUCGUACCUCAAGUCAUACAGCCUCCAGGAAUUGUGACGCCGACAUCGCAACCAGUUAUAAUUCCAGUAUCAGUAUUACCUAAUUGUGAAUCUUCUCCGACGAUGAUAUCAACAAGCUCACCUGCCACAACAGCCGCAUACACAAUAACUACACAGAACAAUGAAGCCAGAAUGGCGCAAGAACGCCAACAAGAAGAACUUCAAAAAAAACUAUUAGAUGAAACUGAGCCACAAACUUUACAGCAGCAAGAAACAAUGUGCAUAAAGGGUCAAAGUGCACGGCACUUAGUUAUGCAAAGGCUCAUGAGAAGAGUGGAUACAAACGUUAUAAUUUUAAGGAAUAUGGUUGGACCAGAAGAUGUGGAUGAAACAUUGCAAGAAGAAAUCCAGGAAGAAUGUGGAAAGUUUGGAUCUGUCAAAAGUGUAAUUAUAUAUAAUGAGAGGCAGUCAGAAGCUGUAGAUACUGAUAUUCUAGUGAAAAUAUUUGUUGAAUUUAGUUGCAUGAAAGAAGCAGAAACUGCUAGAGAUGCUUUAAAUGGUCGUUAUUUUGCAGGCAGGCAAGUCAGUGCACAAUUAUAUGAACAAGCUUUAUUUGACCAUGGUGACUUUUCAGCGUAGUGUUGGAUGUUUUAUAAUAUUAAUACAAAUAAUGUUACAUAAAAAUGUUUUAAUUAUUUUAAUUUAAUUUAAAUAUGUAAAUAAUUUUGUAAA